UGCAAUCCGCCAUUAAAUACGAGAAAGGGAAGAAGGAAAAUAUCCUACUAUCACGUAGAAAGAGAAAUAAGUUGGUAAAAGUGAAGUUGGAGUUGGAACAAUGGCCCUGGGUGACUGUUGGAAGCAGUUAUCCUGGUUUUACUACCAGUAUCUUCUGGUGACGGCGCUGUACAUGCUGGAGCCCUGGGAGAGGACGGUGUUCAACUCCCUGCUGAUCUCGGUGGCCGGCAUGGCCGUUUACACCGGCUACGUCUUCAUGCCGCAGCACAUCAUGGCUAUCCUGCACUACUUCGAAGUCGUCCAAUGACACGACGGCGCCGUCCAUCCGCCCGCACCAGAGGUCCCAGCCUCUCCAUCUGUCUGUCCGUCUGUCUACCUGCCGCCAUUUCCAACCACGUCGAGGCAGAACUUCACUCCUCCCCCCCCCCCCCCAAAAAAGCUAACUCCAUAUCAACAGUCAAAGUUUCCGGCAUCGUGCUUGAGGUCAUGUUGGACGAUCUUAUUCCCUGGGACGGCUUCUUUCCUCACUGAGAUAUUUUGCAGUGGUGUAAUCUAACGUAU